GAGCUAAGCCAUCAGUCUUCGUCUUCCCUCUCUAGAGUCUAUCAACCUAUACAACAUUUACUUUGUUUCUUAGCUUACGCAAAAUGAAGAUUCUCAUCUUCACUUUGUUUCUUUUGAGCUCUUCUUUUCUUGUGGACGCUGUUGCACCCCCGCUCGCACCAGUCCCCGACGCAGGUUCUUGCGACGCGAUGUGUAACGCAAGGUGCGCGAAAGCAGGAAUUUAUAAGCGUUGCUUCAGGUAUUGCGGUAUGUGCUGCAACAAGUGCAAAUGCGUUCCUUCUGGAACCUACGGGAACAAAUCAGAGUGCCCAUGCUACAGAGAUAUGCUUAACGCCAAGGGUCAAUCCAAGUGCCCUUAAUAAAAUAUCAUCUUCCUUUGUAUUGCAUGUUGUUAUUUUUAUAUGAAAUAUGACUUCACAAGCA